CGCAUCUUCUCUCUCAUUUACCUGAUUAUAUUUUUAUCGCAUUUUUCUCAUAUUUUGUAUUCUACGCAUUUAUAUUUUCUAUAUUACACCAAAGCAAAUCAACCAUGUCUACUCGCAAGCUCAUCGACGUUGUCAUCGCCUCUGCCGUGCGCACCCCCGUGGGCUGCUUCCGCGGAUCCCUGUCAAAGCUCACUGCAUCUGAGCUCGGUGCUGUGGCCAUUCGCGGAGCCAUCGACAAAGCAGCUAUCGAUUCGUCGCACGUGAAAGAGGUGUACAUGGGCAAUGUUCUCCAGGCCAACCAGGGCCAGGCGCCGGCAACGCAGGCGCUGAUCAAGGCAGGUCUUUCCGAGUCGACGCCCGCCACGACCAUCAAUAAGGUCUGCGCCUCGGGCAUGAAGGCCGUCAUGCUGGCGGCGCAAAACAUCCAGGUGGGCGCGCAGCCCGCAAUGAUUGCCGGCGGCAUGGAGAGCAUGAGCAAUGUGCCCUACUACGCGCCACGCGGCAAGGAGUACGGCCACUCAGAGCUCAGUGACGGAAUAAUCAAAGAUGGUCUGUGGGACCCUUACAACAACUUCCAUAUGGGCAACUGCGCAGAAAACACUGCUCGCAAACACAGCAUUACCAGGGAGAUGCAGGAUGCCCACGCCAUCGAAUCGUACAAGCAGGUUGUGCCUGUCGCUAUCAAGGGGCGCAAGGGCGAGCAGAUCGUUUCGAUCGACGAGGAGUUCACCAACGUCAAGUUCGACAAGAUCGCUUCGCUGCGCCCGGUUUUUGAGAAGACCGGCACGGUCACCGCUGCCAAUUCCAGCACGCUCAACGAUGGUGCCAGCGCGCUGCUGCUGAUGGCUGCCGACAGAGCGUCGGAGCUCGGCGUCAAGCCCCUGGCCCGCAUCGUGUCAUAUGCCGAUGCGGCGACCCUGCCCAUUGAUUUCCCCAUUGCCCCGUCGCUGGCC